GAGAUUUGAAAAUAUGACAGAGAGGACCAACGCUGCAGUGGAAAAACCUGCAUCUGGUCCUGCAGACAUGGAGGCGGCUAGUGACAGGCUUUUCUGCUGCAGGUGGGUGCGCCACAGGGUGCCCCUGGCCCACAGAGAGGAACUGUACCACAUCCUGAGGAUGACAGGGCCUCUGUUGCUCUCUCGAAUCCUUCAAUACCUGCUCCCAUUUGUGGUUACAAUGUUCUGUGGGCGUCUGGGAAAUGAAGUGAUGGCAGGCUAUGGAUUAGCUUCUGCUGCCAUUAAUGUUAGCACUGCAGCAACGGGAUGUGGUCUGGGACUGGCAUGUGAUACUUUGGUGUCUCAGACAUUUGGUGGUAAGAACCUGCUGCGGGUGGGAGUGAUCCUCCAGCGGGGAAUCAUCAUCCUGCUGUUGUUCUGUCUGCCCUGCUGGGGUCUGCUCAUUAAUGCCCAGGCCAUCCUGCUUUGCAUGGGCCAGGACCCUGAGGUGGCAAGAAUAGCCCAGCUAUAUAUGACAGCCUUCCUCCCAGCUGUACCAGCAAUGUUUCUAUAUUAUCUUCAGGUGUCCUAUCUGCAGAACCAGGGUAUAAUACUGCCGCAAUUGUACACUGCUGUCAUGGCAAACAUAGCCAAUGUGAUGACGAACUACAUCUUCCUAUACCCACUGGAUCUUGGUGUGAAUGGAUCUGCAGCAGCCAACACUCUGUCUCAUAUUUACAUCUGUGCUUUUCUGUUUGCUUACAUUUGGUGGAAGAAGCUCCAUGUAACAACAUGGGGAGGCUGGUCAGUAGAUGCACUUCAGGAGUGGGGCUCCUACAUGAAACUGGCCGUUCCCAGUACAUUAAUGACAUGUUUUGAGUGGUGGAUUUAUGAGUUUGGGGGAUUCUUUGCAGGAAUGCUGAGUGAAGACGAGCUGGCAGCCCAACAUGCUACAAUAAUGGUGGCAUUCAUCGUCUACAUGUUCCCUCUUGGUGUUCAAGCUGCAGCGUGUGCCCGAGUGGGUAAUGCUCUCGGUGCAGGAGACACUGCCAGGGCGCUUCUUGCCACCAAGUUGUCCUUCGCUCUUGCAGUUAGCUUUGCAGUUGUUGAAGGUCUUGUGCUUGGCUCAACUAAAACAGUGAUUGGCUUCAUCUUCACUUCUGAUGAGAAGAUUAUCAGUCUGGUCUCCCAUCUGAUGAAUGCUUACUGUUUCCUUCAGUUCUUUGAUGGUCUUGUGUGUGUGUGCACAGGCAUUUUCUUGGGCACGGGUAAACAGAAGAUACCAGCUGUGGCCAAUUUCAUAGGAUACUACCUCAUAGGACUUUCACUGUGCGUUACUUUAAUGUUUGUUGCAAAGCUGAGAGUUUUAGGCUUUUGGCUGGGACUGCUCAUUUCUGUCAUUAUACAGUCCACGUUCUACAUGAUCAUCAUCUUCUACAAACUCAACUGGAAGAAAAUGACAGAGGAGGCUGUGAAACGAGCUCAGAAAAAGACGCACAUGACAUUAAUGAGCACAGCUGCCCUGUCAGAUGUCCACACAGUGAGUAAUAGCAAUUCAGUGGAUGGCUACACGUCUGUGAGCACAGAGUGUCAUGAUGGAAAUGCAGAGACAUGGGGUGGACAUGUGGUGCAGCACGUGAAGGAUGGUCGUCUCUCCACUGCCCAGCUGAUUGUCCGGCGAGGCCUCACCAUGUUUGCGGCAGUUGCACUUCUGGCAGUGGGAGUAUGUGUGUAUUUUCUUGUGCCCUUGCCAGAGAUCCUGCCAUCAGAGACCAACUCUACUUUGGACUGGAUCAAUACAACAUAUACUCCUGAUCAAAUUUUCACCACUUUGCUGGAUCCAAUAGAGGGAUAACCUUGAGAUCCUUGAUUGUAAAAUUAAAUUUUGUG